AAGUGUUAUUUAGUGUAAAUAUUUGAAAUAAAAAAUGAAUUUUUUAUAUUCAUUUAUAUUGACAUCGAUUUUGGAGAUAACCGGCAUAUACUCACAAUGUACGGUCUUCAGGAACACUGAGUUUCAAGUCAUGGGUCAGGACUGUAAAUGUUCUGAUUAUAAGAAACAUGGGGUGGGCUGGAGGUGUCCUAUCGGUACAACAACGGGCUGUUUCUGUAAAAGCGGAUAUUUCAGGAGCUGGUCGUGGGAUUGUAUUCGUGGCAGUCAGUGCUUCGGUGGAGAAACGGACGAUCAGGAGAAGCCUAAGAAACGAAAGGGUGGAAAAAGUAGUAAAAGAAAGUGUCAGAAGAAUGAGGUUUGGGCUGAUUGUGGCAACCGUUGCACAGAACUGUGUCGUAAUGCCGGCAAAAACAACUGUCCACAGAAUAAAUGUGAACAGACAUGUGUUUGUAAAGACAGCUAUUUCAGAGAUGAAGAGGGAGAUUGUGUGCCAUUUAGCAAAUGUGGUGUCAAAUUUCCGGCCACUACUCCGUCGACAAUCAAAGAUUGUCCGGUCGGUGAAAAGUAUCGCAAAUGUGAUCGUCGAUGUGCUGAAAAUUGUCACAAAUCAGAGUCAUCGACAUCCAAGUGUGAGAAAGAAAAAUGUGUUUCCGGAUGUUUCUGCAAAAAUGGAUACAAACGCAACUCAAAAGGCACAUGUGUUCCGUCGAAAGAGUGCCGGACUGUGGGUGGCACCUGUACCAAACAUGAAAGCUUUCAGAUCUGUGGCAAUCCUUGUGUAGACCUAUGUAUACCACCAAGAGAGUGUCCGGUCGUAUGUAAGCCGGGCUGCUAUUGUAAGUCCGGUUACUUUCGGAACACUGAAAACAAAAAAUGUGUGGUCGAUAACAAAGAGAACUGGUCAAAGAUCGGCAAAUUAAUAACCAAAAAACUUGGUCGACAGUGUCCAGAAAUACCGAAAUCUGCAACACCGAAACCGCGGACCAAAGAUCAGUGCAGUAAAAAUGAAUACUACAAACAAUGUGGUACCAAAUGUGGUGAGAGUUGUGCCGCACAGAAGAUGGAGGGGGGAUAUGUCUGUCCGCGAAGAAAAAUAUGUGUCAGAGGCUGUUUCUGUAAUCCGGGUUAUUAUCGUAAUACAAAGGGAAAGUGCGUACCGGAGGCGGAAUGCGAUGAAAAAAAACCUAAAAAGUCGCCGAAAAAGUGUAAAAAGACUGAAGAGUACAAAGAGUGUGGCAAUCCUUGUGUUGAACUCUGCAAUCCUCCCACUAUCUGUCCGUAUGAAUGUGAAUCGGGAUGUUAUUGUAAGAAAGAAUAUUAUCGAAAUAAAAAAGGGAAAUGUGUGCCAUUAAACAAGUGUCCCGAAUUGGAUGAACCCGAAAGUGAUGGCCCGAAGACGUGUCCGGCUAAACAAAAAUAUUCCGAAUGUCGCAAAAACUGUAUACAACAUUGUUAUGAAUUGACCGAAAAGAUGGUAUGUCCCCGAAGAAAAGUUUGCCUCAAUGGCUGCUUUUGCGAAGAUGGAGAGCUCAAGUCAUCAACCGGUUUAUGUUUGCCGGCUAACAAGUGUCCAAAACCAACAGAUCCCGUCAAACCAAACUCCAAGAAACCAAAUGAUGGCGACGAUCCUAUUAAAAGUUGUUCCAAAAAUGAAGAAUACUUUGCAUGCGGUGACUAUUGUAUUGAAUUGUGUGAUCCGCCGGCAAAGUGUCCGCGAAAGUGUAAAAAAGGUUGUUUCUGUUCCCGAGGAUUCUUGAGAAAUAAAAAGGGAAAAUGUAUUCCCGAAAAUAAAUGUCCGAAUAAGUUAUCGGAACCGAAAAACAAAGAACCAAAAGAAUGCAAAAAAGAAAAUGAAGUAUUCAUGAAAUGUGGCUCUUCUUGUGGAGAGAAGUGCUCGGAUCAGGCGGAACACGUCAUGUGUCCGAUGAGAGAGAAAUGUGAAGUCGGAUGUUUCUGUAGGGGAGGUUUCUUUAGAAAUGACAAAAACAAAUGCGUCCCAAUCGGUAAAUGUACGCCAAAAGUGCCAAAAUGGUCGCCUAAAUCUACAACACCGAAGAAUGAUGACGACGAUGACAAAUGUCCGGCCAAUGAACACUUCAACGACUGUGGAGACCAUUGCAUUGAAUUAUGCCAACCACCAGAUUCAUGUGAAAACCAAUGCGAAAAAGGAUGUUUUUGUGACACUGGCUUCUAUAGGGCAAAGGCCAAGGGUCCAUGUAUACCAGAAAAGAAAUGUCCCAAUUCUGAUGAACCACCCGAAGAUGAUGGUCCGGUAAUCAAAUUUAAAAUUAAAUUCAAGUGUGAAGACGGGGAGAUCUAUAAAGAGUGCGGCACCCGAUGCGGUGAACCGUGUAAUAAUCUAUUCAAAUCGGUUACCUGUCCUAAAAAGGGAUUGUGUGUAACCGGUUGUUAUUGUAAAAUAGGAAUGCAUCGAAAUAAUAAAGGUAAAUGUGUACUUCCCAGUCAAUGUCCCGAUGAUAGGCCGCCGCCAUCAGUUGAGCCCAAAUGUAGCGAUAAUGAGGUGUUUAAUAAAUGCGGUGAUAGGUGUAAACAGUCAUGUGAUCAUCAAACACUAAAGACUACUUGUCCACCAAAUAAAUGCAGUGCCGGCUGUUUCUGUGUCGACGGCUAUUUCAAAGAUUCGUUUGGCAAUUGUGUUAAGUUAGAGGACUGUCCGAAACCGUUUGAUUUUGGCAAACCAUUUAAAAUUACUUGCGAUAAUAAUGAGAUAUUCACUGAUUGCGGCAAACGAUGCGGUCAAACAUGUCGUGAAUUGAAUGAAAAGGUUGAGUGCAAUAAGAUCAGGUCAUGUGUAGCCGGGUGCUUUUGUAAAAAGGGUCUCAUACGUAACAACGAUGGAAAGUGUAUCCAACCAACGGAUUGUCCUAAACCUAAAACAAAUUCAAAAAUGACACCAAAAUGUGAAGAUAAUGAAGAGUAUUCAAAAUGCAAUACUCGAUGCGCUCAGGGAUGUGACGAUAUUGGCAGAAAAGUUGACUGUCCUAAAGAUUCACAUUGUGUAAGUGGUUGCUUCUGUAAAGAGGGAUACUUUCGCAAUGAACAGGGUGAUUGUGUGCCAGAAUCUGAUUGUCCCGUUGUUGGACCACCAGAAGGUCUACCAAGAAAAAUAGAUUGUGGAUCUAAUGAACAAUAUAAUGAAUGCGGCACUCGUUGUGGACAGGGAUGCGAGGACUUGGGUCGUGGUGUUACUUGUCCUCAACGAAGAAUUUGCAUUAGUGGAUGUUUUUGUACAAAUGGGUUCUUUAGAGAUGACGAAGGAAACUGUGUACCAAUGCUUGACUGUCCAAACAUAUCGCCAGUGAAACGUCCGCCGCCCACGUGUGACGCUAAUGAACAGUACAGAGAAUGCGGUCAAAGAUGCGGACAGUCGUGUGACGACAAUCUUGAUAAAUGUCCCAAAAAACAGGCGUGUGUUUCGGGUUGUUUCUGUACGGGAAACUAUAGACGUGACCAAAAUGGUGUCUGUGUUAAAGAGUGUCCUAAACGGCCAUCCACCGAACUCGAUCCCGCUUCGGUAAAAUGUGGUAAAAAUGAGCAUUACUCUGAGUGCGGCACCCGAUGUGGUCAGGGAUGCGAGGACUUAUCCCAUGCAAUUGAAUGUCCUAAAAACCGUAUGUGUGCAUCGGGUUGUUUCUGUGAUCACGGCUACUAUAGAAAUGAAUUGGGCGAUUGUGUGCCGGAGUCCAAGUGUCCAUCAGUUCCCGUUAAUCAAAAGCCUCAGUCGUGCGGUGAAAAUGAGGUGUUCACCGAUUGUGGCACUCAUUGUGGCGAAACUUGCGAUGAGAUCGGGACAUGGGUUAAGUGUCCGCGAAAGAGGAUGUGUAUCGCCGGGUGCUUCUGUCGGACCGGUUUUUUUAGAGAUGUCAACGAUGAUUGUGUACCACAAAGACAGUGCUCGGAAAAGAAAGACAAGAAGAAAAUGAAAGAGAAGACAACAAGAAAACCAGAAAAAGACGACGAAGACUAUAAAGUCGACGAUAAUGAUGGCCAACAAACGCCAAGUGAUGACAUAUCAGAAGAACCGGAAACAGAAGAAAACACAACAGAAGGGCCAGAAAACACAACAGAAGCGCCAGAAGAAAAUGAUGACUCUUCUGAUAACAUAAAAAAAGGAGAAUCGACUACAAAAGCUGCCGGAGAUUCAACCAAUAGUGACGACACUCCGACCGACAAUAAAUCAGGAAAAUCCACACCAAAGACCACAGAUGCUAACGAUAGUGGCGAUGACGCGGCCGACUCUACGACGACCGAAGGAAAUGAUUCAACCGAUGCGAACGAUACCAAAAAACCCGGAAAAUCAAAACAAGAUAUAGUUGAAGGAGAUAUUGAAUCAGAAGAAUAAUGAGGGAUAGGUAUGCCUUGAGAUAACUGUGACAUCAAUAAUGAGAUAAAGGAUUUUAUGACAUAUUUUUAAUAAAAAACAAAAAUUAUUUAUGAUAUCAUAUAA